AUGUUCCGGCGGAUCAUCUAUGGAGUUCUUCAGAUGCAAGCGCCUCUUUCCCUCCUUGACGAGAUGUACUCGUUCGUCCUCUCAUUAUCACAAGGACAAGCGCUCUGGCAAGAGUACAUAAAGAGAGAAGAUGAGAAGAAGAAGAAGAUGAAGCAGAGACAAUCUUCUACAUCUCGGGACCGAUCUACAUCAGCGCCUGCACAGAGUCUACAUCAGAGGGCUUCAUCUGUGGAUCUUGGCUCUGUUCGCUUUCCUACUCCUCCGCUCAACCAGCAGCUGCGAUUCAGGCACUCCAGGACAUCGUCUACACUCUCCAGACCUUCACGGAGAGUUCAGGGCCUUCUCGCCAACCUACAAGAUGCAACUGGUUUGACGCAGAUCGUGAAUCAGUCAGGAAGUGCAUCAGGACGUAUGGACGGACAUGUAGCGGAGCUUAACGGAGCUAAAGGAUUGAUGCUGAGCUGGAUGCGAGCUUGUAGCGGUUAA